AUGAAAGGGGAAGUAAAAAGAAGUCCCAGUUCUCUCCGUCUCUGUUGUAACUCGGUAGCGAUGAAACUUCAAAUCCUCCUCAUUCUAAUCUUUAACGUUUUUACAGUGGCACUCGUCCAAUCCCUCAGCGAAGUCAUUGGGUACAUUGGGGAAAACGUCACCUUGACCUCAAGAGCCGACCCAUCAUGGAAUCUUUCCUCAAUCGAUUGGUUAAUAUUCUCAAACCACUGGAUCGCCACCUAUCGGAGUGGGAAGACAAACAUUAACUGGGUCGAUCGGUAUAACGAGAGACUCACCCUCAACAUCUCAUCAGGUGACUUGACGAUCCAUGAUUUGAACACAGAAGACGCCACGCUAUACACUGUAGAAUUCAAUACUAAGAGCAAGAACAUUGUACAGAAGACUGAGCUCAUAGUGAUGAAACGCCUCCAGGAACCGACCAUACACACUGUCCGCUAUUCACGCGGCAAAGACGGCUGUUGGUUUCAGCUGCAUUGUUCCUCAACAGAUAAAGGUGUUGACUUGUCCUGGCAGGGACUGUCACCGCAGGGCAACUGCUUCAGACCUUUACACAUUUAUCAACGCCACAGACAUCCAUGUGGAAUUCACCUGCACAUCCAGCAGGAACACGGAGAAGGCCUCGAGAGAUUUCACUCCAAAGUGUGGCGAUGUUGUUCCAGAUCUGAAAUAUAGGGAUAGACAUGUUCUUUUCUUUCUGGGAGGCUUACUGGCAGUAAUUGGAAUAUACAUUUUCAGAGCUUUGUGGGGAUACGUCAAAGG